AUGUCCUUGGAGAACGCGCGCGCAAUUCUGGGACCAGCCCAAGCCUCGAAGCACGACACCUCUGUUGAUGAGGCUGAAACACCACACGUCGAUGAAAGUCCCACACAGACCAGGAAACCCAGGCGGAUUGAUUAUAUUGACCGGGCUCUGCGGAACACCGGACAUCCACUAGGCGGAAGCAUUCGACCAAAGCGGCUUUCUCAUGAUAAGAGAACGCACCAGGUUCCAAAGUUGGGGCUCGAUGAUCCACAAGUGUCCUUGCAAACAAUUCUUGCAGACUAUAUUCAAAAAGUGGAUCCAUUGAUUGCCCGUGGCGCCGACACCGACACAGAUGGCCUGAAUGCCGCGCUCCAGGAAGUCUUUGGUGAGCGUCCCUACGAACAUCUUAGGUCCAUGGGUUAUGGCGCCUCCGAUGUGGUGUCUUGGGCCUGGAUCCUAAAGAGUCGGGACGCUCACGAGGCAACUUGGCGAUUAUUCACCUUCGAGGCGGAUCGCAGAAGCAGAACAGACACUGAUGCACCUGUGGUACCUUCUUUUAUUCCAUUUUUUCUCUUAAAGGGGAAGUAUCUGGGACGCCAAACUUUUCGCUUGCUCCUGAUUUAUUCUCUUCAUCUCAUGAGUGGACUACAGCUUCCAGUUGUGCAAACACAAGUAACCAACGCCGACUUCGACAAAUCCUCGCUACCUGAUACCUUCCAUCCCAAGAUUGAUACAGUGGCCUUCAUGGAUUUAGUCGUUAGCCUGAUGUUUCACGCUCGGCAAGUGUGGCCAGAGGCGCUUGUCACCAUUGCCCGGGCAUCUGUCCUUGUCUUGACAUCCUCAGACCAAGCAGCACAAUACACUGAUGCUGGAAGAUGCGACAGAUUCAAUUUUAUCCUUGGACUGCUGGCAAAACCAAUCAAAAAAGGCCCUUAUCGAUUCUUUUCGAUUCAGCAGCAAGCGCAAUUCGAGAUUCUCAAGGCCAUGGCUACACACGAACCGGUCGUACCAGUAAUACGACAAGGCUACCGAGCCCUCAUUGCAGUUCAGCUGACUCACAAGAAGACCGUGGAGGAACGUCAGUCUGCCGAGCUCAAGGCUCCCUCAUGGCCACCAUGGAAGGAAGAGAAACUGGGAAUUGAUUCGCAACGGGGAAAUGACGGGCGAUCUAGCCGUGCGAUGCUAGUCAUCGCGCAAAUGAGAGAAGCAGGCUACUGCCCUGGUCACUUGGAGAAUAUGUCCGCAGUCCUGGCCGGUUGGGAUACAGAUGGCAGCCCGACCGUGCAAACUCGUUCCUUGAUGCGACCACCAACGCGGAGCUUACAUCGUGCAAUUCAAAAUGAUCCGCAGCAUCCAUGGAUUUGGAUGGCACGAAUCCGCGCCACAAGGACUGUACGCGAAGCGUGGGCUUGCUUUCUGACCUAUCAAGAUAACGGCUUUCCUCCUAACGAGGAUGUUUACGCUGCCAUGGCUGAAAAGUUGAUCUAUCGAAGAAAGACCAUUGAACGAAAAUUUGACGACACCGCUCAUGCCCUACCGGGAGAUGGCCGCGAGGUUUAUCCAGAGCCAGCGUCUGCGCGUGACAUUAUCUACGUCCGCACGGAGCCACCCACACUGGAUGACCUUCUUGAGGAUAUGCUCUCAAAAGGGCUUCGUCCUUCGAGGAAAUUCUUGGCUCUUCUAUUGAGCACGGCUCCCAGUUUUCACUCGGGAUUACGUUACCUGAACUGCAGCACGAUUGGCCAGGCACAGAAGGAGGCCUUGACAACGGUAUGGAGGAAACCAUCUCAAUACCAAAGACAGGACCUCAGGUCUUUCCAUGGAAUUCCGGAUUAUCUUUUCGGGGCGUUCAUUGGCUUUCUGUGCCGGCAUACGCCUUUCGGUGAUGUUAACUCGCCCUAUCGGGCUUCCUCCAUUGGCGACCUUUUUCCCAUUCUUUUCCCCGACUUCCGGUUAUCUCAUUCGACUCAGAGUCUGUUCGACUACAACCGUCAUCUUCCACACGCCUUGCCUCAUGCGAUCGAGUUGACCAAGUUGCGAGACCACGCGUGCACGCCGGCCUGGUUGCAUAUUCUCGCCGCGCUGUCCCGCAAACGCACCCACAGACCGCGUCGGAAGAUCAAACGCAGUGCCCAGUGGAUUCUUGCCUGGCAUGAGACCCUCGAGGUCGUGGAGUUGAUGCAGAAGCAUUCCGCACAACCUGAUACCGAGGCACUGCAUUCUAUGUGCGUGGUGUUCACCAAGGCUGUCGCCGCAGGUCUCAAUUCACCUCACGAUGCCAAACAGGGGUUGAGAAUUGUCCGCAGAACCCUCCCUCCUCGGGCCAGUACUGACUUCGACGACAUGGUUCAGACUGGCCUCCGCACUUUGAAGGACCAUUUCGACCACCUGGUUAACUGUUCUCCCAAAUCUCCCGAGGCGGCGGAGCAGAGCAUUUUCACGGCGGAGCGUACCCAGUCGUCGCUGGCCGUGCCGCCCAUACUACAGGUUCCCACGCCAGCAACGCUACAUGCCUUUGUUCGGGCUCUGGGGACUGCAGGGGACGAUGAUGGCCUGUUGAACCUGUUGCUGUGGAUGAGUCGGUCAGCAGAUAUUCUUACCGAAACCACCGACGCCUAUAUGAGUGGAGACAUCAAGAUGCACCGCAUCUUAGUGGCCAUCCGAGCGUUCCUGGAAAAAGAAGAUGAUCGGGUAGAGUCGGCCUCGGCCUCCGUCGUGCAAGAAGCAUACGAUAUCAUCAGCCGGACGCCGGACUGGACGUGGCCGAGUGAUUGGGAAGUGCAGGAAUACCGGACCCCGUUGGAUUGUAUAUAG